AACAUGGAAAUGUUAAACACUUGUCAAAAGGAAAUUAUUAACGCGUGUGCAAUUUUUGCAUUUGUGGUCAGUUUCUUUCCAAGAGAAAGGGUUAUUAAAGAAUUUAUUAAUUAAAUACGAAAUGCCUACAAUUGGUGUUAAACGCGACUUGUUGUUCCAGUCAUUGGGCAAAACAUACACCGACGAUGAAUUUCAACAAUUAUGUUUUGCCUUUGGUCUGGAGCUGGAUGAGGUCACCACAGAGAAACAAAUGUUAACCAAAGAACAGGGUGAUGAUGCUGCUGGUGUGUCCAAUGCCUCGGAGGAAAUCAUUUACAGAAUUGACAUACCAGCCAAUCGUUAUGAUUUGUUGUGUAUGGAGGGCUUGGUCACCGGUUUAAUGGUAUUCCAGGGAAAAAUUACUCCUCCAAAUUUCAAACUUGUUGAGCCAGUUGAUGCCAAACGUCAGGUAUUAAAAAUUUUACCAGAAACAGCUCAAAUUCGUCCAUUUGCUGUGGCCGCUGUUUUGCGUAACAUUACUUUUGAUAAGACCGCCUAUGACUCUUUCAUUGACUUGCAAGACAAAUUGCAUCAAAACAUUUGUCGCAAACGUACUCUAGUUGCCAUAGGUACUCACGAUUUGGAUACCAUUCAGGGACCCUUCACCUAUGAAGCUAGGGAUCCUGAAAAUAUUAAUUUUAUACCUUUGAAUCAAACAAAAUCUAUGAAUGGCCAUGAAUUAAUGGAAUUCUAUACCAAUCAUGCACAACUUAAACAAUAUUUGCCCAUAAUACGUGAUUCUCCAGUAUACCCUGUUAUUUAUGAUGCCAAUGGUGUUGUUUUAUCCUUACCACCCGUCAUCAAUGGAAAUCAUUCCAAGAUUUCUUUGAAAACUAAAAAUGUUUUCAUCGAAUGCACCGCCACGGAUUUAACAAAAGCUAAAGUGGUUUUGGACACCAUAGUUUGUAUGUUUUCAUCACAUUGUUCAGAAAAAUUCACGGUGGAACCAUGUGAUGUUGUACAACCAGAUGGCACUACAGUUACUUAUCCCGAGUUGGCUGUACGCCAAGAGACCAUAUCGGUCAAAAAGGCCAACACAGCAAUUGGUAUUUCCGAGAGUCCCGAGAAGAUAGCCAAAAUGUUGACAAGUAUGUUUUUGGAAUCGCAUUGUAAAGAUGAUGAUGCCAUUGAAGUCUGCAUACCACCCACUAGACAUGAUGUUAUACAUGCUUGUGAUAUUUAUGAAGAUGUGGCCAUUGCCUUUGGCUACAAUAAUAUUAGGAAGUCAUUGCCUUCCUUUAUGCACAUUGCUAAACAAUAUCCACUAAAUAAGUUGACCGAACAAUUAAGAGAACAAGUAGCUCAGGCUGGUUUUACUGAAGCACUUACCUUUACAUUAUGUUCUCGUGAUGAUGUGGCCAAAAAGCUAAAUAAAUCUAUUGAUGAGAUGCCCGCGGUUCAUAUUGCCAACCCCAAAACCUUAGAAUUCCAGGUGGUAAGAACCACUCUAUUGCCAGGUCUUCUAAAGACUUUAGUGGCCAAUCGUAAAAUGCCUUUGCCCUUGAAACUUUUCGAAAUCAGUGAUGUUGUGGUGGCUGACGAUGACACCGAGGUGGGAGCUCGCAAUGAGAGAAGAUUAUGCGCGGUUAAUUGCAAUAAGACCGCUGGCUUUGAAGUGGUACAUGGUUUAUUGGAUCGUGUAAUGCAACUUUUGGAAGUUUCAUGGAAAUCAGCCAAUAGUCAAGUCAACAAGGGUUACUAUCUACAAGCUACAGAAGAUCCUUCUUAUUUCCCUGGCCGAUGUGCUCAUAUUAUGCUUAACAAUGUGGCUAUUGGCAAAAUUGGUGUUUUACAUCCUUCAGUUUUACAGGCAUUCGAUUUAACUACUCCCUGUUCUGUGGUGGAAUUCAAUAUUGAGCCGUUCGUUUAAACUAGGACAAAUAUAAAGCAUUGAUAAUAAAGAGAUCAACCCCGGCUUUUGCAUUUCUCCUUGUAAUGGUUAUUUAACUUAAUUAAAAUAAAAUGUUCUUAUUAAAUUAUUAAACUUACUCAUUGUUAAGAAAUGUUUUAAAAGUGACUGGUAUAAUGUAUACAAUAUAUAAAUAAAUAUUAAUAAAGCUAUAAACCUGAAAAUAAAUGUAUGGAUUUUAAAAUUG